GCUCUGCAUAAGCAGCCAUGACAGUUUUCCGAUAUUCGAAACUUCAAAACUUGAUCCUGAACUUUGAAUUGCUAGCAAGCUAGAACUAAGAAGAAGUAAUUUUACCCUCAUAUAUUCCAAUGACAAGAUUCAUUGACAAUAGACGGUAGCAUGGCACACCCAGGCCAACCUGCAGAUAAUGACAGAAAGCUGCUCCCAGUGCCAGCUCUAGACCCUCAGUCUCAUAAGCUGACCUACACCAUUGAGAAAUGGUCCAGUUACUCUUCCAAUUAUAUACCAGAGAAUAUUUUGGUUGAUGCACCCCAUGAUCAGUCUUCCCGGUGGUCUUCGGACAGCAACUGCCCUCCUCAGUAUCUGACCCUGAAACUGGAAAAAUGCUCCCUUGUAGAUAGGGUUUCCUUUGGCAAGUACGAGAAGACGCACGUUUGUAACCUCAAGAAGUUCAAGAUCUAUGCAGGGAUGACCGAGGAGCACAUGGUGGAGCUACUCACCAGCGGUUUAGAAAAUGACAGCAACAUGGAGACGUUUCCACUAAAACAUGUGGUCAAUGGAUGUCAAGUCCCUUGCAGAUUCAUCAAAAUAGUGCCUAUGUUAUCCUGUGGGCCUAGCUUCAAUUUCAGCAUUUGGUAUGUUGCAAUAAACGGCAUUGAUGACCCAGACGUGGUUCAGCCCUGCCUCAUCAAGUACAACAAAUAUCGUGAGCGGGAAGCAAUCCGUCUCUGCUUGAAACACCUGCGGCAGCACAACUACAGCGAAGCCUUUGAGACAUUGCAAAAGAAGACCAAAAUCAGCCUGGAGCACCCAACCAUAUCCGAACUCCACGAGAAAUUGGUCAUGCGCGGUGACUUUGACUGCUGCGAGCGCAUCAUUGAGCGCGCCGCCCAGGAGGGCCACUUUGAGGAGUACAUCAGUAUGCAAGACUACCAGCCGCAGUGGAGGCUGCUGUGCCAGUAUGGCCCCACGGAAGACGAUGCCAAACCUGGGAAGCGAGGAGGUCACCAGAUGUGCAUAGACGUUGACACAGAGACGGUCUACCUGUAUGGCGGCUGGGACGGCGUGCAGGACCUUUCAGACUUCUGGGCUUUCAGUGUGGCAACGGGCCAGUGGACCUGCCUGUUCAGGGACACAGCCAAAGAGGGUGGUCCCUCGGCUCGUUCCUGUCACAAGAUGUGUCUUGACCCACAACGGAGGCAGAUCUUCACAUUAGGACGGUACCUAGACUCUACUGUCAGAAAUGUGUAUCCACUCAAGAGUGACUUUUAUGUAUACGACAUUGAUACCAACAAGUGGCUUCUUAUAUGUGAAGACACAGGCACUGAGGGGGGCCCCAAGCUCAUAUAUGACCACCAGAUGUGCAUGGACUCCCAGAACUCCACCAUCUUUGUCUUUGGCGGGAGAAUUCUGACAAGUACCUUGUUGUCGGAGGAGAGGCCCAGCGAGGGGUCCUUCAGCGGUCUGUAUUCCUAUCAUAUACCCACCAACACCUGGAAGCUCCUACGCAGGGACUGUGCCAGUAGUCUCUCUGGCAAGGACAUCAAAUCUAGAAUAGGCCACUCCAUGUUACUCCAUCCGACCCUGCGAAAGCUGUACAUCAUUGCUGGCCAGCGAGGCAAAGACUACCUGAGCGACUUCUUCACAUAUGACAUUGAAACCGAUGAGGUGGCGGUUAUAUCAGACGGCAACAAGAAAGACAGUGCUAUACCAGCAGCAGGCUUCACCCAGCGAGCCACGAUCAAUCCUGACUUAAACGAAAUCCACGUGUUAUCGGGCUUGAGCAAGGACAAAGAGAAGAAAGACGACAGCGUCAAGAACUCCUUCUGGGUUUACUACAUCAAUCAAAACAGAUGGUCCUGUGUGUACAAGAAUGAGAACAGCGAUCAGCAGUACUGGAGCAGUCGCCAGAGCGUGGAGCCCUGUCCCCGCUUUGCCCACCAGCUGGCUUAUGACCACAAGCACAAGAAACACUAUCUGUUUGGGGGCAACCCGGGCCGGUCGACGGCCGAGCGCAUCCGCCUCGAUGACUUCUGGUCGCUUGAGCUUGUCAGGCCACUGAAAGAUCAGGUAGUAAGGCGUUGCAAACAUCUGAUACGCAAACACCGCUUCCAAGAAAUUGCCAUGUCCAACCCCGUGCAGGCCCUGAGGUACCUGCAAACAGAGCUUUAUGAGACAGUCAAUCAUAAGGACGAGCAAGAAACCAAAGAGUUCCAGCUGCUUGCCUCAAGUCUGUUCAGGCCACGACUAGAAGUGCCUGACCACCUGCUAACGGUGCACACAGAAGAAUCCCACCCACACUAUUCCACAAGAACUCAGCUGUUUGACACACUAGUCAAUUUCUUCCCAGACAGCAUGUCACAGCCAAAGGGGAACCUAGUUGAUCUCAUCCUCUAGGGGGCACUUCAUGUCGAUUCCACCGGCUCAACAGCUUACAAUGUAAGGAUACUGGCAGCCCGAAAGUCUUGCCCGGUGUGCUCUCUUGAGCGGCCUGAGCUACAUGACAAGUGUGCUGCAGGAGCCACUCGGCACAGAUUGUUUUAGCUCCCUCAUCUAAUGAAGAUGAUGUCGUGAUGUGGCAGCUGCAGUUAUCAACACUGCCUUAAUACUCGCAUUAGCAACUAUGUUAAGUUUAGUGGCAUUAGUUGGUACAUUGAAAGGCCAGUUGUACAACACGUUAAAGUGAAACGUGAGAGGGCCGGGGACCAGCAAAGAAGACUUGCAUGAACACAAAAACAAAUGAAAGAACUCAGUCACAUGAUCAAAUCGCCAGAUUAUGUUUAGUAAUCAACAAUUUUUAGGAGCUGUUAUUCUAACUUAAAUGAUUCUAUGCCAUAAUGACGACUAAAAAAGUAAAAUCUUACUUUCUUUAGCUCCAGAAGUGCCUGUUAUGGGCAAGAGACGUCACGUUUACAGAGAUACAUGGACCUGUGCCUCGCAAUUGUACAACAAUUAAGAAGGUUUUUUUUUUGGUAGAUUGGAUUUCCUGACAUCGGGGUUGCAUUACUUGUAAAAUGAAUUUGCACAUUUGUUACAGUUUCAGAUUCCUUGACGUAGUCGAUAACCCUCUUUUUUUAAUUUAGAGGUUAAUUAAUUUUAUCAAUUGAAGAACAUCCGUGCACUAAGAGAUGACAUGUUUCCUGCACAAAUGAUUUUAACUGCAUGUCGAAGAAUCAAAAAUUAGCUCUUAAUUUACAAAAUAGUUUGAGAAACAGAGACACACUGUGUGUUUCAUAGGUCUGUGUGCCUUAGAUAUAAAAACUUCAAAAGCAAAGAGCUCCUCGUUGACUUGUUAAACAACACUUGUUGACAGUUGUUAUGUGGGGCAAGGGUUCAGUACGGUCGCAGUGGUUUUUAUUUGUCUUGAGUCAUCAGGAAUACUCUCAUUGGUGUCCUGCAGUCAUUUUGAAAUCCUUGGAAAUCUGACAUCUUUUUAAAAUUCCCAUUCUCCGAGGUGAUUGGCCGGAGACGUUAACUUUUCCUGUUGAUUUGAUUUGUGCUCAGUGCUUGGAAGGGUAAAUGGUACAUAUGACCAUGACUAGAAAGCCUGAUAUGUAGGAGUAUGUUGUGUGUUGGAGUGUUGUGAAGCUUCACAGACGCGCCCCUAAUGGUUGUCAAGUUUAAAAACAAUUGAUAGUUGGUGAGGGGAGGGGUGUCUGUCUUUUAAACUAAAACUAAAAAGGCAAAAAUUUAUUUCACAGUCGGCAAUCAAGUAGGGAAAUCAUCGGCAUGUAAAUUUUGUGGACUGUCUCCAUUUUUGCCUAGAGACUGGCCUCGUUUAAUUGCAACAUGAUAUGCAAGGCAGUGUUGUGGAUGUACGUUUAUUAUAUUGCAUUCAUUUUUACCAAACUUAAUAAGUGGCUGUUCUAAACGAAUCAAAUUACAAAUAUCCCAAACUUGUGUAACUAUUUAUACCAUCUAGAAUGGGCAUUGCUUAUUUAAUAAUAUGAAAUGCAGGAUAUCUUACUAUCAUUCGUGACUUAGCUAGAUGUUUUCAUACCUAGAUAUACUAAAUAUGUCUUCAUGGAACUGAACAGCGCUCACCAUGUGUGUUUUCCUUCAAAACAAUAUAAAUUCCCUAUUGCCCUCCUGUUUCAUUCAGUUUUUAAUGGUUAUUUUCAUCCUUAAUGUUACAAAUAUUAUAUUGCUUUUUAUCUUUUUAUGUUUCAUUGUUGAAUUUUUUUCUGUCCUUUUAAAAGCUUUCUUUGUUCAGUGAAUAUGACGAUAUACCUGUGUGAAACUCCACAACUUACUUCGUCAUUCGCCAUGAAUUUAUGGAACUAUGCAUAUCAUUCAAAUGUGUAAAUUUCUUUUAUAUUCAUCAAGUUAUACAUGUUUUGAUUCCCCACAGAUAUGUUAAUACUUCUUUGAGUUAAUGUGAAGAUCAUUCAUUGUGUUUUGGUACCUGUUUUUAAUGUGUUUUUUUUUCGUUUCAUCCUCUUGCACUCCAA